AUGGGCCCUCUCGUUACGGGCGAAGGACUUCCCUCUACUACUCUCGCCGACCUGCUGUCCAAUACCCUGGUUCUCCGUCAAACUGCGCCAUACCUCCCCGUCGCCUCACUAUACGCCCUGGCUGCUACCUCCAAGUCACUGCGCCACAUCGUCUAUACCGCGCCUGAAAGCUUCCGUCACCUCGAUCUUUCGACCGUCAAAUCGGCCUUCGUCAAAUAUGUGCCCUUAGAUUCGGGAGGAAUCAGCUGGCGCUCUGAGCGCAUGGAUGAAUCCCUUACGGAGGACGAGUUCUACUCAGGGCCUCUGCGCGGCAUCUUCUCAAAGCUCCAACGACGGCACCUCUUGCACCACGUACAUACUCUGGUGUUAGACGGUCUCAGCGUCCCAGCCGAUCUUGUCCAGGACAUCAUCUCUGAGGACAGGUUCAACGUCCGCAUCCUCUCCCUCCGAGAGGCGCAGAACUUGAAUGAGAGGAAGCUGAUGCAAGUUCUGAGAUAUGCCGUUCGACCAUCAAGGCCCGCAGGCACGCCCAAAAUCAAAGGCAUAUACCUCUUCGGGCCUCGAGAACGUGCACCCGUGGAAGAUCCGUGGAGCAGGAAGAACUCGUCUGGAACAGCUUCAACAGGAGUAACCCGUCGACGAGGCGCUCAAAUUGGUGCCCAGUGGAAUCACAAGUCAUCAGAUGCGCUGAACACUGCACUCGCGCGGACUGAGGACAGAUGGUAUCAAUGCUCUGGACGCAUGCUCCCAAGAAAACCUUCUCUGGAGUGGGCCGAAACUCUGCAAGCCUGCGAUGGAAUCAUUGCCUUCGACGCCGUCCUCUGCCGUGGCCCUCGGCAUAACCCCGAAAAUGCGACGAGUGGCAAUGGAGCAGGUCGAACCGAUUUCUACCUGCGACCCGCUAUUGCAACAGUGGCUUUAGGGCCCUCCGGAUGUGAUACAUGCCACUCGUCCCCAGAGGGUCCGGCUCAAUUUGGUCAUUCCAGCGUUUCUGAGUUGCCUCUUCUCAGUCCUAUACCACUUCAUGCGAGCACAAUCCGAGCUGCACAGAUGCCGCACACGAUUGACGGCUCAAGGCCACCGCCAUUGUUCGUGCGCUGCGAGGACUGUCUAAAGGGAAGGUGGUGCGAACGGUGCCAUAAGUGGUGGGACGAGAAGUGUUAUACCCCCUCCACCGUUGCUCAGCGUACGGAGCUUCAGCAAACGGAGUUCAUCGAGACUGUUCAAAGCACUGGCGGAAUAGAAGUGGUUACGAAAAACAUCAUCAAGGUAGGUGAUUGGGGUGUUUGUGAGAAACCGGCUGACACAAGUGAUUUUCAGACUAUCGGCGUCCGACGUGACUGCUUUGGCUGUGGCCAUACGUGCAUCAGUUGCAAAGAAAUCUUCAUUCGUCGGUGCGAGAAGUGCGGAAAUGAGUACUGCCAUGAAGAUAACGACGCUUCAUCGCUGACUAGAUGUGACUGGUGCAAUUAUACCUCGCGUCGUACGGUAGAGAUGUAUUGAGAAGAGCCUUUUAUCUGGGAACGCGAGGAUCAGAAUCUCAGGGAGCUUGUGGGUCUAGCAGCGGUACGGAAAGUAUUGAAGCCGACCUGGGUUGGGCUCGGAUGUUGAAGGAGUCACGUUAAUGCCUUUAUAUCUGUUGAAGCGUUCCGUAAGAUACCCCGCUCAUCCAUAGCAAUUAUCAUGAUAUAGCAUUUCGUCC